UCUUCAAAGAGGGACAACUCAGAGGAAAAAUUUCAGUCAGUCAGAUCUCCGUCCACCCAUGAAUGUUAUAUAGUGAAACCUAAAACGGCAGCAGGCCCGUCUUUGGUGGGCCACUCUCUUCUUGUCCAGCAGUAUGAAAGGGGAUAUGGAGAGCAUGUCCAAAAGGGAGCCCUCCAACGGGCUCAGCAGGCCCCUAGACAUUGUGCCCAGUACAGAGGAGAAGAUGACGGAGAGGGGUCAGUGGGGCAACAAGAUUGAGUUCAUCCUGUCAGUGGCUGGAGAAAUUAUUGGCCUGGGAAAUGUCUGGCGUUUCCCUUACCUUUGUUAUAAAAAUGGAGGAGGUGCCUUUUUCAUCCCUUACCUCAUCUUCCUGUUUGCUUGUGGGAUCCCCGUCUUCUUCCUGGAGACAUCUCUGGGUCAGUUCACCAGUGAGGGAGGCAUUACCUGCUGGAGGAAGAUCUGCCCCUUGUUUGAAGGAGUGGGUUAUGCCACCCAGGUGAUCGCUGCCCUGCUUAACAUCUACUACAUUGUUGUGUUGGCCUGGGCCAUCUUCUAUCUGGCCAACUCCUUCACCUGGGACCUGCCCUGGGCCUCCUGCAAUAACACGUGGAACACAGAUUCUUGUAUGGCAUUUCAGAGGAGGAACAGCUCCAUCAAUCACCAUGAGAACACCACCUCUCCCGUCAUUGAGUUCUGGGAGCGAAGAGUGCUGAGAAUUUCCUCAGGUAUUCAUCACAUCGGCUCUCUGAAUUGGGACCUGGUUAUCUGCCUGGCCGUGGCGUGGGUCAUUUGCUACUUCUGCAUCUGGAAGGGAGUCAAGUCUACAGGCAAGGUAGUUUACUUCACAGCCACCUUCCCUUACGCUAUGCUGGUGGUCCUGCUGAUCCGAGGGGUCACCCUGCCAGGAGCCUCCACUGGAAUCCACUUCUACCUCUACCCGGACCUGCAACGGCUGGCUGACCCACAGGUGUGGAUGGAUGCUGGGACUCAGAUCUUCUUCUCCUAUGCCAUCUGCCUGGGUUGCCUCACCGCCCUGGGAAGCUAUAACAAAUACAACAACAACUGCUACAGGGAUUGCCUCUCCCUUUGUUUCCUGAACAGUGGUACCAGUUUUAUUGCAGGAUUUGCCAUCUUCUCCAUCCUGGGAUUUAUGUCCUACGAGCAGAACGUGCCCAUCUCAGAAGUGGCAGAAUCUGGUCCAGGUUUGGCCUUUAUUGCCUAUCCUCGUGCUGUGUCCAUGAUGCCUUUCUCUCCUCUUUGGGCCUGCUGCUUCUUCAUCAUGAUUGUCUUUCUGGGACUGGACAGUCAAUUUGUGUGUGUGGAGAGCCUGGUGACCGCCAUGGUGGACAUGUAUCCCUCCACCUUCCGGCGCAAAAACCGCAGGGAGCUGUUCAUCCUGGGAGUGGCUGUGGUGUCCUUCCUUCUGGGGCUCAUCAUGCUGACAGAGGGCGGCAUGUACGUCUUCCAGCUCUUUGACUACUACGCAGCCAGUGGGAUGUGCCUGCUCUUCGUGGCUGUUUUUGAGACUGUUUGCAUCGCUUGGGUUUAUGGUGCCGACCGUUUCUAUGACAACAUAGAAGACAUGAUUGGCUAUCGCCCCAGCUCAGUCAUGAAAUACUGCUGGCUGUACUUCACCCCAGCAACAUGCAUGGGAACGUUUGCUUUUGCGUUGAUCAAGUACUCUCCUCUGAAGUACAACAAUGAAUACGUAUACCCAUGGUGGGGGAAUGGCAUAGGCUGGAUCCUGGCCCUGUCCUCUAUGCUGUGCAUUCCUGUCUGGAUAGCAUUCAAAUUGUACUACACCCCAGGAACACUGAACCAGCGCCUCGUUCUCUUGACCACUCCGUCCACCGACUUGCCGAAAACCAAGCAGGAGCAGGAGAGGCUGCUGGCCGUCUUUGCAGCCGACGGCGACAGCCUCCAGCAGAAGUCGCCGCCCACCAAGGAAGGCUACUUCCCCGUGGACGAAAAGGAGUCUCACUGCUAGAGACUGGAGGGUUGGAGUCAGAGCGUCGGGGGCCAAAGGUCACACCUCAGCUUUCACACUCGUCCGGCCCCAUCCCGACUCUUCUCCUCAAUACCUCAUCAGACAAGGUGCCGAAAUAGGCUCUGUGCGCGUUAUCAAGAGCCACCCGGCCUGCAGCCGCUGACCUGCUGCUUCCUGGGGGGGGUCUUCUUCAGUGCACUGCCUUCAGUGUGACAGCGUCAGGUUACUUAGAGAGCCACAUCAGUUUGUUACAGAGUCACUCAUACACUUGAACAAUGCGUAGCCAUCGUUACAACACCGUGGCUAAGGAUUUUACUUUUGAUCGUUUCUGCCUCCUAAGAGAUGUCCGUGCUUUUGACACGGACAUCUGUAAUGUUCACUUAGUUUGACCCGACAUUGCAGUUACUUCACUGAUUCUAACAGCCGUCUGCUGCGUACGGAGCACAAGGGGGUCUAAAUGCACUUCCGUGUACAGAAUACAGGCGUAAUUCAAUUGAUCAGAGUUAUCAUCUCAGGAUGUACAAAUUUCUAAUAAACCAUACUAUUAAUUAACCAAUGCUUCACAAUGAAAUGGUUUUAAAUGUACACUUAGCAGCACUGAUCACAACUCAAUGAGGCUUUGCUGAUUUUUCAUGUUAAUGUCAUAAUGCUCAUUUAUUCACGGUUUCUUUUGCCGAACAUGUCAGAGCUGGAUGACCAUGUCGUGCUUUUUUCCUUUUCUUUCUUCUGACUAUUGCCAUGAUUUAAACUUAGUUUGUUGUGCUUUAUCUCUAAUGCUUUGAAUGUGUAUAGAAUUUAAGUGCCUAAAGGAGAAAGUAGUGGCAUGUAGAUAAUAAGAGCAGGGCAGGCAGGUUGAUUGCUCUUCCUGAUGCUGGAAUCUGUACAUGGUCCUUUUAUUGUGGAAAAGAAAUACUUUUACAACUUUAACUUUUUAAUGCUGAAAUUAUUUUUUAUGCCUGAACAAAAACAAUGCAUUCAUUUUAAAUGUUUAUGGGUGUUUGUAUAAGUUUAUGAUUCUAGAAAAAUAAAGUCAUUUAAAUUGGUAAAAUACAA